AUGCGCCUAAAAACUCUGCAAUCAAGUGUGGCCCGGCACUCAGAUGCGGUUUGUGCUGUGGGUUGGUCAUCGAGUGAUGAAAUGGUCUCCUGUUCGGAUGAUCACACGUUUCUCAAAUGGAAUCUCGUCACAAUGGAGGCAACGAAAGUCACCAAUUUGGCUGACACUACCUUUCCCACCUCGAUGUCCUGGUUUCCGCGUUCGUUGACAAGAGGCGAAAAUGAUGUUUUAGCGUUGACCUCAUCGGAUGGAAAACUGCACUUGAUCACUCGUAACGGGAAAAUCGAGAAAACCGUCGACGCGCAUCGGGGAGCGGCGUUGAGUGCAAAAUGGAGCCACGACGGGACUGGGUUGAUCACUUGUGGCGAGGAUGGCGCGGUAAAGAUGUGGUCACGGCAGGCGAUGCUUCGGAGUGUUCUCGCGCAGUUCGCCUCGCCAAUCUAUUCGGCUGUUUGGGAUGGAAGUGCGUCGAGAGUGUUGUACGCAUCCGAGGACACUUGCUAUAUUAAAGCGUUGAAGACACAAGUGUCUCCAAUCAAAUGGAAAGCUCAUGACGGUGUGAUCACAUGUUUGGAUUGGAGUGCGGCGAGUGAUCUGAUCAUUACCGGCGGAGAAGACGGGAAAUUCAAGGUCUGGGAUUCAUUCGGCCGGGUUCUAUUCACGUCGGCGAGCCACGAGACACCGAUCACUUCACUAGCUUUCUCCCCGGAUGGAUCGCUCUUUGUGAUUGGAUCGUUCAACUUGCUGCGGCUUUGUGAUCGAGCUGGAUGGUCUCACAGCGUCGAGCGCCUCGAUUGUGGAUCGGUGAUGGCGGUGGGAUGGAGUCCCGAUGGGACACAAUUGGUGGCCGGUGGAAGUCAUGGACAUGUCGUCCAUGCACAUCUCAUUGAAAAGCGAACCUCCUACCGUAACCUGGACAUCACGCAAACGAAAACGAAUCUCAUUGAAGUGCGGGAUAUGACGAGUGAGGUGGCCAGGGAGAAGCUGGACACAAGGGAUCGGAUCACGAAAUUCUCAGUGGCGCACGAUCAUUUGGUGGUGUUGACGAGUAAACAGAUCUACAUCUUCAGCUCGAAGAACUGGAACACACCGAUCAUCGUCGAUUUGAAAGAGGGAAACGUCUCGUUGUUGAUACAAACGGAAAAACUAUUCGUGGUGAGUGACGGUGGCUCGUUGUACUCGUACAGCUACGAGGGACGAUACAUUUGUGAGAUCAAAGUACCCGGCACUGGGGGAAGUUUCAACGAAUCGAACACAGCUCUAUCGAAUGAUACGAUUGUGGUGAGAGAUCGAAAUGAUUAUACAAAGGUGCACCUAUUCGAUCCGAACACUGGGAAAGUGCAGGGUGAUGGGAUGAUCACGCAUACGUCCGAUAUCGAAUGCGUUCGCGUCUCGCAAAGCGGUGCGCUCAACGCAAGAGUGAUCGCUUUCACUGAUUCAUCCACUUCCGUUUAUGUUUCACUCGUGAACUCGUUUGGAACAACGCCAAGGACUGCGAAAAUUGGCGCCCUAAUCGAGCAACUCUGCUUCAAUGAUCUCUCGCCGAUGCUCGUUGGAUUGGGCGAUGGAAAGGUCCUCGUCUGGCCAGUGCCGGCACUCAUUUUCGUCGAUCGAGAACUCCUUCAAAAAGCGGUGAUCGAGAAACCCGUGAAUGGGUUGGGGAAAUUCCCGCAACUCAUCAACUUCUCGGACAAUCAAGUGAUCCUUCGUCGCUCCGAUGGCUCUCUUGUUCCAAUCGCUCUUUCUCCUUUCCCAUCGGCUCUCCUCUCAUACACUGACGCGUCAAAAUGGGAUCAAGCGAUACGUUUGUGUCGACACAUUCAGGAUGACGUCUUGUGGGCGGUUCUGGCCGGCACGGCCGCGCAACAGAAAAACCUUUACGCGGCCGAGAUCGCCUAUGGGGCACUGGAUGAGGGUGAAAAGGUCGCCUUUCUCGCCGACGCCCGCUCUCAUCCGAACAAAGAUGUACGAGCGGCGAUGUUGGUUUUGUUGACAGGAAAGAUCGGUGACGCGGAUUCUAUGCUGGAAAGGACGGGACACAUUUUUCGAGCGAUCAUGCUCAACAUUUCGACGUUUAGAUGGAAUCGCGCACUCGAGGUGGCCAUCAAACACAAAACGCAUAUCGAAACGGUGCUCGGCUAUCGUCAGAAAUAUCUCGAUCAAUUCGGAAAGCGGGAAAACGAUCAGAAGUUCUUGGAUCAGUUGAGCAAAUUCGAGGUCGAUUGGGAGCACAUCGAGGAGAUGAUCGCACAAGAAAUGCAAAAAGAACAA